GUCUCUCUCUCCCUCUCUCUGUCCCGAUUAGACUAGACUUGUCAUAUCAUAAUCUUUUUGUACACUUCUCAAAAUCUCUGUCUCUUAUAGUUAAAUUCAUAUAAAAUACGAUCAAAACCCAUUUAUUUUAUUGUUCCUUGUCAUCGUACUAUCUUCUCUCUCUUCUGUUCAUCAAUUCUUCAACCUUGAUCCAUUUUUAUUCUUCUUUUUCUUCCUUUGUUCUUGGGGAAUAUUAUAUAGUUAGGGAGAAAAGUACUUAAGAAACCGAAAGAAAGAAAGAAAAAUGUCAAUGGUCUUGACAUCUGAACGUGUUUGGUAUGUUCACUGCAACUUCUGCAACACCAUUUUAGCGGUUAGUGUUCCAAGCAACAGCAUGUUCAAUCUGGUGACUGUUAGAUGUGGGCAUUGUGCUAAUCUGCUGUCUGUAAAUAUGGGAAACUCUCCUCAAACAGUUCCCAUCCAAGAUGCUCAGGAAUGUGGGUCGCCUUCCAAAUGCAACAAGUUUUCUGCAGGCCAUGAAGCAACUAGGAUGCUCCCUAUUCGCCCACCUGGGAAGAGACAACGUGUUCCUUCUGCAUAUAACAGGUUCAUUAAAGAGGAAAUCCAAAGGAUCAAGUCUACUAAUCCAGACAUCAGCCACAGGGAAGCUUUCAGCACAGCAGCAAAAAAUUGGGCACAUUUUCCUCAGAUUCACUUUGGGCUAAUGCCAGAUGGAAACAAGCAAUCAAAAGCUGACCAGGGAUUUGCAGAUCAGGUUCCUCAAAAGUCUAAUGGGUACCACUGAAACGCAAUGGCAUCCCUCUGAGUAGAAGCCACUCAUCAUCAUCAUCAUCAUAUGUUUAUUACUAAAUGUGUGUUGGUUUUCCACAUUUUAUCCAUUAGAUGUAGUUUCUUUCUACUCUAGUGAUUGCAUUUAUAUAUGUUGAUCAUAUUUUCAAAUAAACAAUCCCAUGGAAUAAUGGCCACCUUCUACUGUAUC